AUGAAGAGACGAUUGAAGGAUCGCUAUGCCAAUACCUUCUUCCCGCUGGAUAUGAUUGUUAUGGAGAAAAACAGCGCCGAUUUUGAAGAACGAGUCACCGAAGCGAGUCAAAAUGCAGAACAUCUCGCGGAUACACUCCGCAAGCACAGUUCAUUCGGGCAAGUGUACUAUCCCAAGGGAAGCCCGACACAACGGCUCUAUGAGAAAUACAAACGUCCAGGAAAAGGAUAUGGGUAUUUGUUGUCCAUUCGUUUCAACACCCCCGCAGCUGCCAUCGCGUUCCACGACGCUCUUGAUGUGGCGAAAGGGCCGAGUCUUGGGACCAACUUCACUCUGGGUUGUGCAUAUACGCUCUUCGCGCAUUUCCACGAGCUUGAAUGGGCUGAGAGGUAUGGCGUUGUUGAGCAUUUGGUACGAAUCAGUGUUGGGAUCGAGAAUGAGAUAUUCUUGGACGAGGUUAUCAAGACAGCCCUGGAUACAGCUGAACGAGCGAAUAAGAAAUAA